AUGCUGCCCGCGGUCGGGAGGCGCCGCUCAGCGGGACGCGGCCGGGGCCUGACGGGCCGCCGCUGCCAUCUUGGUCGCGCCCGCUCCGGGGGGAAGCGCGUCACCGCGCCCGACGCCGACGCCCCGCCCCUUCCGCCCUCUCCCCCCCCCCGGACUACGUUUCCCGGCGUGCCCCGCGAGGCGGCCCCGAGCAGCAUGGCGGCGGCGGCGGCGGCGGCGGCGUCUCGGGUGGCGCGGCGCUGGGCGGCGGCGGCGGCGGGGCUGCGGAGCGGGGGCGAGGGCGGGGCGCGGCGGGGCUGCCUCUGGCCGGGCCUCCCUCGGCUGCUGGCCGCCGUGCCCUCGCCGCCGCCCUCGCCGCCCCCGCCGGGCUCCCCGCGCGCCACCUACAACUUCAUCGCCGACGUGGUGGAGCGGACGGCGCCGGCGCUGGUCUACAUCGAGAUCCUGGGCAGGCACCCAUUUUCCGGCCGGGAGGUGCCCAUCUCCAACGGCUCCGGCUUCGUGGUGUCUGCGGAUGGGCUGAUAGUCACCAACGCCCACGUGGUGGCCAACCGGAAGCGGGUGCGGGUGCGCCUGGCCAGCGGGGAGCUCUAUGACGCCGUAGUGAGGCAGGUGGACCAGGUGGCCGACAUAGCCACCAUCAAGAUCAAUGCCAAGCGCCCGCUGCCCACACUGCCCCUGGGCCGCUCCUCUGAUGUGCGCCAGGGGGAGUUUGUGGUGGCCAUGGGCAGCCCCUUUGCCCUGCAGAACACCAUCACCUCGGGCAUCGUCAGCUCUGCCCAGCGAGGGGGCCGGGAGCUGGGCUUGGCAGCUUCAGACAUGGAGUACAUCCAGACGGACGCAGCUAUUGACUUUGGAAACUCCGGGGGACCCCUCCUCAACUUGGACGGCGAGGUGAUUGGGGUGAACACCAUGAAGGUGACCCCUGGGAUCUCCUUCGCCAUCCCCUCCGACCGACUGAGAGCCUUCCUGGAGCAGGAGGAGAAGCGCAAGGACUCCUGGUUUGGCAGCACAGAUGGCAAGAGGCGCUACAUUGGGGUGAUGAUGUUGACCUUGACGCCCAGUAUCCUGUCUGAGUUGAAGAUAAGGGAUCCUGCCUUCCCCGACGUCUCCUACGGGGUCCUCAUCCACAAGGUCAUCAUUGGCUCUCCGGCACAUCAGGCGGGGCUCAAGGCGGGGGACGUGGUCAUGGAGAUCAACGGCCAGGCGUCCCGGCGGGCAGAGGACAUCUACGAGGCCGUGCGGAGCCAGAAGACGCUCACGCUGCUGGUCCGGCGCGGCUACGAGGUGCUGCUGAUGAACAUUGUCCCCGAAGUCACAGAGUAGGGGUGGGUGGGGGUUGUGGCCGCUGCGUUUGGGGGUCUGGGCAGGAAGACGGACUUUGCCUUGAGCCUGGAGAGGACUGAUCCUGCCCUCUGUCCCCACAGAAGGAGGGGGGCCCAGCGGGUGUCGGGUGGCAGUUCAGUGGGUCUCGCUCCUCCGUGGUUGCGUGAUGUCAGCCGGGGGCUCUCUCUGACGUGGCAGUGCUUUCCUUUUUCCCUUUCCCCAUUGGCUAUUGACCUGUCCAGGCCCACAUUUUCUGGAGAGCAGGGGUCAUCCUCCUUUGUCGCACUGCUGCUCAAAUGGUCAUUGAAGGCCAGGCCAGCUGCGGGCUCUGGUUUGCCCCUUGCCCAGCUCUUUUAAAAGGGGCCAAGAGGCCAAGCCAUGGGGCACGUGGCCAUCCCUCUGGGGGGGAAUUGGCAGCAAGGUGGUCCCUUUUGCUAUUCCCCCCCAACUCAGAAUCAUGUGGCACAAGCCGAGCAGGGCCCAACCUGCAGCCCCUUCUCUGCUCCCAACUGGUGCUG